GCUCUGAACACUUGACUGCGAGUGGUAACUUUACCACAGAGCCUUGCGUGCCCCUCCGCCUGUCGCCCACAACAGUCAGCAUCAUCAUCGUCAUCAUCAUCAUCACCAUCACCAUCAUCAUCAUCAGCAGCAGCAUCAGGAGCAAUAUCAGUGUGAUGAGGCAGCUGAGGACGGAGAGCCUCCUGCUCUGAGACACUGGAUCAGCCUGCAGACAGGAUGACUGAGGUGAUGAACUCUCUGGAGCCGGGGACAGAGGACUUCAGCGGGGGAGGAGCAGGAGGAGAUCAGGCCACAAUCUUCCCAGAUACCCAUGAAAGGUAUCCAAAGUUGUCCAAGAGGCUUCCCUCUAUAGUCGUGGAGCCAACAGACGGAAGUGAGGUGGAGAGUGGAGAACUCCGCUGGCCCCCGGAUGAUCCGAGCUCUGCAGACGCCCAGACUGAGAGAAAGCGUACGGAUGAGCAAACUGAAGAUGAGGAGCAGUCCAGUGAAGGUGGAGCUGAAGAAGCUUCAGGAGUGGAAAUGCAGGACUCCAACUGAACAAACUCGCUUCCUGUGAUAUAAACUGUUACUAUGAGUGUAUCCAGACUUGGAAUGAAUGAAAACGAGUCAGAUAGAGGAGUGCAAUGUGCGGAUAGAAAGAUCAGAGAGACAGAGUAGGAAGGGUAGAAAACAGAUUCCCAACCCCAGCUCACGGGCUUGGAGCCAGUUACUUCAGCACCUUAAGAAUAAAGACGCCGAAGGCGCUUUUUUGUUUUUUUGUUUUUCCCCAAAUCUGUAUCUUUCCAUUACAUCUGUAAUGAUGGAGCUUGUUUUGACAUGUGUAAACUAAGAUUUAUGGGGACAAAGAUGGCAUGUUGAAGCAUUUUUCAAGAAAAAAAAGUUUUGGCAAUAGGUUUUAAUUUGAGAAUUCCCAGGUCUAAAAUGACUGUUUUGACAUUUCCAGCUUUGUAAAUAUAGAUUUUGAAUUAAGUUAACAAAUUUCCUCUCUCUGGCUCCAAGCCCUCACCAUCCAGAUGCCCACGGAAUCAUCUGCACAUGUGAUCUGGACAGAUGUUUCUAAAUGCUGUAUUAAGUAUUUAGCUCAUGUGUGCCAUACUACUACUAAUAAAGGUAGCUACUGUAUUUACAUUUAGGUGCAGAUUACAUCACUGUUUGUUCCGUGCCGACUGCUGUAGUUUGGGUGAUCUUGGUCUCACUAUUAACUUUGUAAUAUUAGCUUUGAGUAUUUGAGAAUUUCACAACAGAUCCAUUGCUUUAUUAGAUGUUACAAUAUUCAUUAAAAUAUUAAAGUAUGUAAUCACUGUCUUCUUAGUUUUAAAGGGAAUGUAACUGUUGUUUUAUUUAAGAUAUUGGAGCAAUAUGGUCCCAAGAAAUCAAAGGCAGUCCAUUUUGUUACAGACUACAGAAGUAAAAAGAACCAGUGUAUUUUAGAUGUGUGUUGCUUGUCACAGGCAUAUUUUUUAAAAAUACUGGAAGCCUAAAUUAUUGCACAAGUAAUAAACCUUUUGAAAUGUUCUUUAA